AUUUUUUAACACGAUUACAAGAAGAACAAUACAUUUAUUUGUUGAAUUGAAUGAAUCGAACCCUUUUUCUGUAUUAGUUUUUCAUCGUUUUAUUUUAAAGGCAAUCAUGGACACGUACGAAAGCAUAUUAUUGGUAAAAAACGAAGUUUUCGUUUUCAAAAUACCGCCAAGAACCACCAACAGAGGAUACAGGGCGGCUGAUUGGAAUCUCGCUGAACCAACUUGGACUGGUCGCUUGAGAAUUGUCAGUGUGGGUGAUGCAUGCACUCUUAAACUUGAAGACCGUAACAAUGGUGAACUAUUUGCUAAAUGCCCCAUUGAACAGUACCCAGGCGUGGCUCUUGAGUCUGUUUCUGAUUCUUCUAGAUACUUUGUCGUGCGCAUCCAAGAUGAAAAUGGUCGUGCUGCAUUUAUUGGUCUUGGAUUUGGUGAUCGUUCUGAUAGUUUUGAUUUAAAUGUUGCCUUACAAGAUCAUUUUAAAAGAAUCAAAGUCUGUGAAGAAAUUGCUAAGGAAAAGAAUGAACCCAAACAAGAAUUGGAUCUCAAAUUCAAAGAAGGCGAAACAAUUAAAAUUAAUAUGAAAAUUACUAAAAAAGAUGGCAGUGAAGGAGUGGCUAAUAAACAGACUAAACCUCGACCAACAAUUUCAGGCAGUGGAGGACUGUUACCGCCACCUCCAGGUUCUUCCAGUGUAAAAACCAUUCCAGCACCACCCUCACAAACAUCAUCUCCAUCACAUCAAUCUACAAAUCCAAAUAAUUGGGGUGAAUUUACUUCUGCAAAUAAUACUUCUCAAUCAGGUGGAAAUUCUAAUCCUAAUUGGGUACAAUUUUAAAGCCAACAUAUUAUGCCAGGUAACCAAAUAUUGGAGUUUAUUAUUAUUAUCAUUAUACUAAACAUUUUUGUUAUAUUAUAAUUAAUUUAUUAUUAUUAUUUUCGUUUUAAAUAUUCAAAAAUAUUGUUACAAUGAGUUAUUUUUAUUAGAUUCUUUGACAAUACAUAUUAUUUAGCUUAUUUAAAUCCUAUUAUGUUUUACUAAAAUAAAUUAUAAAGUUUACUGUAAAAAUAGUGAUUGUUUAAUAUUAUUAGUCCAUAUACAUUUGUAUAACUAAUGACUAUGUAAAUGUUAUUUUUCUUGAAUUUAUAGAAGUAUUCAAAAAUUUUUAAUUAAUUUCAAUUUUUAAUAAAAUUAUUGUAUUUUUAUUAUUAUCAUUAAAUAUUAAAUGAUAUGUGAAUCAUUCAUUUUGUUAUUAAGUUAAUUAUUGAUAUUUGUUUAAUAUUUAUGUAUUCAGUAUUAUGAUCUAUGGAAAUUCUAUGAUAGUAUUAUUUAUAACAAAAACAGUAUUUACACUUUAAAUAAUUUCAGUACUUAUUUGUUCUUUUAGGAACUAAAAUUGGAAACGAUAAAUAUCAUAUAAUAUCACUAAUGAUGCAAUAAAAAUAGUAACAUGUUAUCACUAUUUAUUUUAUAAAAACUAUUUUUUAUCCUUUUAUUAUACUAAUUUUAGUCAUAAAAAAUAAUUUUAUCAAAUUAUACUUUAUGUCUUAAAUUCUGUUACUUCCAACAUUUAAGUAUAUCAUUUUUACUUCACUUCUGAGAUUAAUUUAUAUGAAAGAAGUUAAAAACAAUUAUUAUACAAAAUGAAGUUAAGUUAAGUUUGUACUUCGUCAUAGAAUAGUAUUUUACAACAUUGACUACAAUUGUAGCAUACUUACACUUCUUAUUCGUACUUGUUUAAAUUAUUGUGCUGUUCUAGUGUUGUUAAUUGUAAAAAAUUGUUAAAAUGCCUGUACAAAUAUUCUUAAAUUUUCUGUGUAUACAAUAAAAAAUUUAAAAAGACUUAAAUAAGUUAAGAAUAUUUAUCAUAAACGUAUACAAUACACGUUUUGAAGUAAACAUCCUUUUAAAUUAAAUUACUUUAUUGUAAAAGAAUUUUUUUUUUAUGAACCCUUAAGAUUAUGCUAUUAAUUUUAGUAUAGUUUAAUUCAAAGUGUUAAGUUUAGUUCAAUUAAUACAUUACAUUUGUUUGAGAUGUACAAUUUGGUAAAAUUUGGUUAUAUUCAAGUGAAAAUUUUAAAUUUUUAUCACUUAUGUUUUUAUAUAUUCUUAUUUAGAUAAAUUUUACAACUUAAUUUAUAAGCUUAUUAUAUGAUUCUAAUAUUCUUAUAAUACAUUUAUCUCAUUAUAUUUAGUGUAAACUUAAUUACUCUAAAUCCAUAAAUUGUUAAAUUAGACCAACUAAAAUAUCUCAUUAAUCAUUAUAUAAAUAUCUAUUAUAAUGUAAUAGAUAGUGAAAAAACUAUAAUUUAUUAUUUUAUUUUAUUUUAUCGUGAAUUAUUUAAUAUAUAAGCUUAUGUUUCAAUAUCAUUAUAAUAAACUGUAUUGGGCUGUAAUUGUUAUUAACAUACAUAAUUUAUUAACUAUUAUAAACCUAUAAUUAUUAAUACAAACGCAGUAACUAAAAUGUUGAAUCCGCACAUACAUUUUACUAAUUAUUUAUUUUAUAUUUAUCGGUGGAUAUUAAAAAAAAUAUAAAUUAGGCUUUUUGGGUCUAAUUAUUUGUAUUGUUAAAAAAAAAAUGUUGUACCAUUCCAUUUGUAAAUGUUUUUUUUUAUUUUGAAUACUUAAUAUAUGUAUAGACAUAUAUUAAUAUUUAGAACUUGUCACUAGCUACAACUGUAGCUCUCUCUCUCUGUUCUCUGACACUGACACACUGUAAAACAAACAACACACCAAUACUUGAUUUACAUUCUAUAAUAUUAUGAUCAACUGUAAAAAAAAGAAACUUAGAUAAUAUGCUCGUUUUUCCUUUAAAUUAUACUUGUUAAAUUUUGUCUACUAUAACGAUUUACAAACAUUCAUUUAUUUGUUUUGGAAUUUUGUUUUCUUUAAAAAAGACCUUUAACAAUAAAAUUGUUUUGAUUAUCCGCCAUUAUUGUACAGUUUUGAAGAUCACACUUUUUUUUUAAAGAUAUACGAGCAAUAAAUAUAUUAAUUUUGUCAAUGUUUGCAAUCGGAGAGCUACUGUUUUGAUGAAUAGUGUUGUGCACAGUGAAUUUUUAUUGUACCGUCGGUUUUUACGUUUAGACCAAUGUGAUGUUGUAUAGGUUUAAGUAUUUAUAUAAUAUAUUAUUAUACAUACCCGUUUGAAAUGAUUGUAAUGACGAAUAAUAAAACAACUAUUGAUAUAAUAACGA